AACCAUUCAACAUAGCCAUAUAGGAGGAGGGAUUGGGGUUCCCUUUCUCCCAAAAUUUUGCAUCCAAAUCGGAACUUCCCUCAUUCAAUUUUAUUGAAUUCCGAUGGCGUCCUCCGCCUCCACCGGUACCGCCGCCGCCGCUGCAGCCACCGGCUCUUGCUCCCCCUUCGCCUCUCUCUCCGACGACAUCGUCCUCAACAUCCUCGCCAAGCUCGAGGCCGAUCCCCGACACUUGGCCCGCCUCGCCUGCGUCUGCUCCCGCCUCUCCUCUCUCAUCCGCACCGUCUGCUACCGCUCCAUCUGUUCCCGUUCCCUCCCCGCGGAUCUCCUCCCCUCGCCCACUGAGGCCGCCGCCGCCGCCUCCUCUUGGCCAUCCCUCUACAAGCUCUCCGUCUGCUGCCCAGGCCUCUACCGCGCCGGCGUCCUCCUCGAACAUUCCGACUUCGGGCUCGAGCGCGACAUCGGCCCGCAUCUAACCUUCCCCGUCGGCUCCUCAUCUUCUUCUUCCUCCUCUUCCAGCGACCUUACGAACCCCGUUCCUCCGAUCCCCUCCGACGCCGGGGUUUCUUGCUGGUCCCUCUUCGACGACCUCUACUUCGACACCAUCUACGACCCCUCGGAGGUCGAAGAUGUCUCCUUUGUGCCGAUCGAUCUCCCUCCCGGCGAGUCCCCCGUCACAGUCGGUUCGGUCGUUUCGAAAUGGAGGAAGCAGCAGUGGGCCGGGCCGACAAACUCCCAUCUGGCUUCCGGGCUCUGGAGUCUCAGCCGCGAGCAGGGCAACAAGCUUCUGGCUAGCCGGUUCAAGAGCGAUUGCCUUUACAUAUGCGAUUGGCCCGGAUGCGUACACGCAGAAGAGAAGCGGAAAUACAUGCUCUUUAGGGGGGUCUUCAAGAACUUCAAGCGAUCGAGAGUGUGGAAGACGAUAGUCGACUCGAACAGAGGCAAGAUCGAGCUGUCGUGUGCAUUCUGCGCCUGCAGGGAGACCUGGGAUCUCCACUCUGCAUUUUGCUUGAGGAGGGUCUUUGGGUUUCAUGACGACGGGGAACCCGUGGUCAGGGCAUACGUUUGCGAGAAUGGCCAUGUCUCAGGGGCAUGGACUGACAGACCAUUGUUUGCCUAAAUUAAGAUUUCCACUCCCAACCUUUUUCCAUAUGCGAUUUUGAUUUUGGUGUGAAUAAAGAUGGCAUCCUGCUAAUGUCAA